UCGACUCUCUCUUAGUCAUUCGCAGUCUUUCUUCGCCUUCGGAGUGAAAUUUUUGCUCCACGUGUUUUCGGCCGAAUCGAUAAACAACGAUAAAUCGAUAGUGAUGCCGCUCGCCAAGGAUUUCCUGCACCCGCUGCCGGCGGAGGAGAAGAGGAAGCACAAGCUGAAGCGCCUUGUGCCACAUCCGAACUCGUACUUCAUGGACGUGAAGUGCCCCGGUUGCUACAAGAUCACCACCGUUUUCAGCCAUGCCCAGAGCGUAGUGGUCUGUGCCGGCUGUUCGACGAUCCUGUGCCAGCCGACCGGUGGCAAGGCGCGCCUCACCGAGGGCUGCUCCUUCCGCAGAAAACCGUACUAGGCCCGAUCCAAAGGACCGAUAUGCGACGCGUGACAUCGGAGCGAGUGCCGCGGAAGUGCACCGUCAAAGGAGCAGCAGCAGCUAGCAUUCGUGAGGUCGUGUAUCGUGUUUUAAAACUCCGACAUUCGGAAGAUGUAUUCAACCGGAAGCAGAGCAAAUAAAGCCAGGGUCGAUCGUCUGUACGUGUUAAAAGAGUGAA